AUGAAUGUGCUGCCAAACCCAGUAAUCAGAGCCCGAGAGCAGUCGCUACCUCUCUGCGGCUCUGGGUCUGCCCAGGACUUAUCCCACUGCCCAACAGGUUUCAACCUGAGCUCUCGCCUAAACCCUGCACCGAUGCUUGGCCUCCCAAAUGGCCAGAGAUCAAGCAAACCUCAGCGGGAGCUGAGCCCUGAGGAGCAGCAGGAACUUCGAAGAAAGAUCAACAGCAGGGAGAGGAAGCGGAUGCAGGACUUAAACAUUGCUAUGGAUGCUCUGAGGGAGGUCAUGGUGCCUUAUGCCUCCUCGCCUUCAUCUGCUUCCUCUCAGUCCCACCAACAUGGAGCAACUCCGGGCCGCAGACUCUCCAAGAUCUCUACCCUGGUUCUAGCCAGGAACUAUAUCCUCCUGCUGGGUUCAUCUUUGCAGGAGAUGCGGCGGCUGCUGGGGGAGGUAAGUGUAGGUAUGGGGGUGACCACAGGACCAGUCCCCCGGCUGCUGCUUGCAGGAGGGUGGCCCCUCAUCUCCAGUCCCGGUCAACUCCUCCUCACCCAGGAAUCCCUCCUCUCCUCAGCAGCCUCCUCCUCCUCUUCAUCAUCAUCAUCUCCCUCCAGUUCUUCAUCAUCUGCAGGAGCCAAAUGUCCCAUGCUUUCUCCAGGUCCCAUGGAGGCCCCACUGGCCCCCAUGCAGUGGAGCUCUGCAGGUGCUCCAGCAGGGACGCUUUGUCCCUGUGGAGUCUGCAGACUGCCCAGAUUCAAUCACUCCACUCUAGCUCCCAGAUUCCCAAAGUGA